CCUGUUUUAAGAUCUGUGGGGUUUGACGAUCUCCAGAGCCAUCAUUGUUUGUGUCUUAUGAGUUUGUUGGUGUUUCUUUGUAUGGGUUUCUUAGAUUAAGUUUGGAGUUGUCUGCUUCGAGUGAGUAGCUUCUGUUUGGUUGCUGAGAAAAAAAGUGGGAAGUAAAAGGACAGAAGAAUUUUUUUUUUAGUCUACAAGCUCAGUUUAUUUGGUUCCACAUAAACGAAUCUGUUUCUUUUUAUAUUUCAUUUUCCCAAUUAAUGAAGUAAGCUGGUGAGUAAGGUGUUCUUUUGUGGCCAGAAGAGCAGAAUAAAAUGUUUGUUCUUUGUCGAAUGCGGGAAAAAAAAAAUCUGAUUGAAUUGGUUUUUUAAUUUUGACAAAACCCAUUGUUGUUUUAAUGGAAUAGGGUUUUAAAUAGGUCAUUAUCAAAGGUUGAUGACCUCUCUACGACUAGAACAUCAUCUUCUAUCUUUGGAUCCUUCAGACCUCAGCUUUAUCAUAGAUCAAUGAAGCACAUUGUAAAGAUUAUGACAUUGCUGGUUGGCAUCUCUGCCCUAUGGUUUGGCCUCUUGAUGACAUCUAUGGUUCCAAGUAGCCAUACCUUGUUACUACCUAUCUAUUUUAUCACGUGUCUUGGAUGCUAUGGCCUAUUAAUGGUUGGAGUUGGUUUGAUGCGGUUUCCAACUUGUCCUCAAGAAGCAUUGCUUUUGCAGCAGGACAUCAUUGAGGCCAAGGAUUAUUUGAAGCAAAGAGGGGUUGACGUGUGUUCUGAAUGAUUUGAGGAUCCUUGAACAAAUUUAUGCAUUUUUACUAAUUGCUUAUCAAGUGACCUCUUGUCUCAAAUCAAAAUCUGUGGUCUUCUCCUUGGGUCUCCUCCUUUCCUGGGUUUAAACCCUAAUGAUAAGAAAAAUAAUAGAUCAUUUUUAAACAUUUCUUUUUCAAUGCUCUUAAAGUGAAUCAAAGAUGAUGUAAAUCCUCGAUCUCUAAUAAAAGUAUGAUUUGGCUUUGAAUCUCAA